AUACCUAGCUUUAUGACUUGCGGCUAGAACCAAGUAGGGGGUGACUUAGAGGAAGAAACGUCUCAGAUGAUUCAAUUAUUAAAGCUCAUUAUCCUGCGGGAUAUUUCAGUCGUACUAUAUUUCUUCGUGUAUGACAUUGAUACAGGCGGGUCUUGGCUUCAAGCGACGAAGUCAACUCAUCAAUGAUUGUAAUCAUUGAAUAAAUCCCUCGACAGUCCGAAUGCAGCAGACAGAGACGGUGGCAGAGUAGGCACGGAAUGGCGGUCAGGCUUGCAGGGCGUGUCAAAUUGAUGCAAAAAACAAAAGGAGGAUUCGAGAUCUCUGGGACUGUAAAAGCAACACGGUACUCUAAAGAUGACCAGAAGGAAAAUUGCGCUAAUUUGUAUGAAAACAGGCGGUAUACCAAGCUACGCGUUUUUAAAAGGCUAUUUAGGUUGCCAAGCGACGAGAUUUGUGGUCAAGAGAGGUUCACUGAGCUUGCCCUCAAGCGCGCCAUUCAUCGGGAUACUCGGGCCGUCUGUGCCGACCUACCUUCCGUCUCGACACCGUCGCUGUAAUCGUCGUCGACACUUCAAUCCUGUAUUUGAAACAAGAAUGUAUUGUCACGGGACUACCACAGAUCUACUUCAGUGUGCCGGGAUAGCAGGAAUCAUGACUGCAGGGCAUCAGGGCGACGAUGGCAGCAUUCAAGCUGCUUGUCCCAUUGGCAGAACGGGCGACGUUUUUCAAGAAGAAGUACGCAUAUAUCCAUGUCGCCAGCAAGAAAACAUCUCGCCGAUACGGUGCCGGGAAAGCUGCAGCGCAGUCAUUGAGCCACCAGCGCUCCUUAUGCUAUGGACUUUCCGGGUUCCUUCGAUAUUUCCCUUACUCGAAGGAGGUAACCUAACUACGAUCCGUCACUUGGGCGCCGCGCUAGUCUUCAUCCUACCAGUGGUACUCAAGGAACCCUCUCGUCUGAACGAUGCAUUCUGGCCUCUCAAUGAUAGAGUAGCGAAUGUUCAGGUUGCAUACCGACGAAGUCGGUUCAUCUGUUGACUUUAUUCAGUCUUUUCUAGAAGCACUCAGAUUCCCCGUUUGAUUAGAUGUUGGUCGAUUUCCUUGUCCCAAGCCGCAUUUAGGGACAGAAAAUCACAACGAAAGUUGCACAUUUCACUGCUCUGGCGACUUGGAACAGUGGAACUAGUGUUGUUUCUAUCAUCAGUUUCUAGUACGCGAACCUCAGUUUACAUACUAGCAAAGAGACUUUCGGGUCAGAUUCUUCAAGCUUGUAAUAU